CAGUUUGACAUGGUGUGUUUUUUCUUCUCUUUGCAGACUUUGAACGAGAUGUUAUCCGCGGGACUCGCCGUGGAGCCGCCUCAUCGGGUCGGCCAUGGCCUGGGCUCCAGCCUGGGGGCGGGCCUGGGCGCCGGCCUGGGGGCGGCGCUGGGGGCUGGCCUAGGGCCCCCCUCUCACCUCCCCAUGCUCAACGCCUUCACCAGCGGAGAGUUCCUCCGGCCGAUGCCUCCUCAUAGGUGGGUACCGGGAGAGCCUGGUCCUGGCGCUGCAAUGUUUUCCCAACCUGAUUUGAGGUUUUGGCUGCACCACCAACAGCAGCAACAUUUAGCAAGGUAUGCCGCGAGCCAGUCUGUGAGUCACCACCGCCUGCCGCAGCAGAGCCCGACGCCCAGCCCGCAGGCGGCCCCGCCCACCGUGGCGCCCCCGGCGCCCUCCCCCGCCCCCGUCAACCUGAGCGCUGGCCACAAGGACGACAAGGAGCGGCACCCGCACGGCGCCACCAUGGGCUACCACUACUACCCCAUGGCAGCGCCCCUGUACCCGCCCGCGCCCUACUCGCCCUACGGCUCGCGCCUGCAGCCCCAGGACGCGCCCGCCGCCUACUCGCCCCCCGCAGCCUCGCCCGCGCCCCUGCCGCCCCCGAGCCACCCGGCCCCCAAGCCGGCCGUGGCCUCCAAGACCUUCAAGGUGCCGGUCCCCGCCGGCCCUCCCUCCAGCAGCAAGGAUAGCUCCAAGCACCGCGCGCACCAGCCCAAGCAUUCGCCCAUGUCCACCACCACCUCUACCACCUCCAUGCUGCCGCCCCUGGCCUCGUCGACGCCCAUCAUGACGACGACGGCGACGCCCCACCACCCUCUGCACUCCUCGUCGGUCUCGCAGGACUACCUCCAUCCCGCCUUGGCGCCCGCCCUGUCGGGCGCCUCUGUUCCCGCUCCCCAUCCAGCACCCGCCACGGCCGCGGCCGCCACCACCCUGCCGCAGUUCUGGAAGGGCUCCUUCAUCAGGCUGGCGUCCGGAGAGCUCAAGAGGGUGCAGGAGAUGAAGGCCGAGGACUUCGUGGCCUCCGCCGAGCGGAACCCGACCCUCAAGGCGGACCCCGCUACCGUAGUCAGGAUACAGUCCACGCACAGCUGCAGGGUGUCCAUCGCGCUCAGCGUCGGCGGCACGGAGUCGGAGAUCGAGACCACCUCGGAGCACCCCUUCUUCGUGUACGGCAACGGCUGGGCCUCGUGUUCGCCGGAGCGGUCGCUGCAGUUACUGGGACUGAGCUGUCGGACGCUGCAGGUCGGAGACGUCGUUGUGUCCUUGACGCACCGCCAGCAGCAGCAGCAACCACAACAGCCACAGCAGCAGCAGCAGCAGCAGCAACCUCCGCCACCGCAGCCGCCAAAGGCGACCCAAAGGUCUCAGGCCUCCACUGGUGCACGGGGAGGACGGGGCAAGAAGCAGCAGCAGCAGCAACAGCAACAGUUAUUACAACAACAAUUACAACAGCAGCAACAGCAGCAGCAGCAACAGCUUCAUCAGCAACAACUCCACCAACAACAACAGCACCAUCAGCAACAACAGCACCAGCAUCAUCACCAGCAGCAUCAGGCCGUCAACCUACCACCACCCACCGGCCACCCUAGAACACAGCAUCUCCCCGGCCCCGCCUCCACGCCCUCCGCCUCGGACUCCUCGGCGGCGUCCAUGGCCGGGAAGAAGCGGCGGUGGUCGGCCCCGGACCAGCUGGCCGCCGCCGCCGCCGAGGAGGCCGCCGCCCAAGCGGCCAUGCCCUCCAAGCUAGCUAGGGUCCCGGAGUAGCACGGGCAGCCCGUCCUCGCUCCCGUCCGGGAGUGACGUGCCACGCUGUGGCACGUCGACGAGGGAAAUAAAAGAAACGAAAGGUGGCUAGACGUGUUGCUUGAAUUCGCUGGACCGGACAACGGGCCCUGUGCGGGCAGGAGCCUGGCACGACGUUCUAGUCACCUUUGUCCCUCGUCGGCGUGCUGGGCUGGAGUUCCUAGCACUCGUACAUUGUGCUGUACAUUGCCUUCCGCGCCGCCCCGCGCCGUCACGCUAUGUCUGCAGCGCGUCAUUGUGAUCUCACUGCUUGUAGGGACUUUUGAGCAGAGCGAUGUGAUAGGAAAAUCUGGGACUUGGAUCUCUCGCUGAUGUAUAGCAGGUCCCAAAGCCACGUUUCGUGUUGAUUAGUUUAUUUAGCAAAGCGUUCGGGAGCGUUUUUGGAAACUCUCGUGACAUAUUGUCACGAUUGUGUGAACGCAUCCAGUGAUUUCCUUAUGUAUUGACUGGACUUACUGUCUGGAUUAUUUCUUCUUUUUUUUUAUUUGUCAUUGUAGCUCAUCCAGUGAUUGAAGAGAUUAAGUUAUUCUAUCUGUUAAGAAAAAAGAUUUUACUGGAAGAAUUAGCUCAUCAAACCUGAUAGAACUGACAACAUUAUCGGGCUCAUUUGACGCUAAUUAGUACUUAGUACUUUUCUAGAGUCAUUCUCCUUUUAUCAUUUAUGUAAUGCAUUUUAUUCAAUCGUACAAAGACUUUUAUUUUUGCGUUGGAAAGAAUUUCGUGUUAAUGCUUACUUUAAUUUGUGACUGAAAAUUGUAAUUUCUGUCUGUUAUGAUUUAUUUUUUUUCAGACGGAAAAAGAAACAACAUCUCAUUUAAAAUUAAUUUUUGUGCAAUCAUAAUUUUUUAGUACAUUCUAUUCUGUGGAUGUAGAGCUUCUGCUCAGAUGUAGAGCAACUGUGCCAAAACCAUUGCCAUAUGACGCACAAUACAAAUUGUAAGUUAUUUUAGAUCUGCGGGUGAGGUGCAAUGGGUUGUUAUUUUUUAAUUAAUUUUAUGAAGAUUGUUGCUCUUGCAAUCAGUGGAGGAAGAUUAUUGUAAUUUUGCAUCCAGAAAUUACCUAAAGUGUUCCCUUCCUCUUUCUCUCUCUUCAUCUCUUCUUGCUUUCACCUAUUUUUGAGAAUAUUGACCAGGAGCUUAACAUCCAAAGUACCUAUCUUACUAUUUUCUGUGUCCAUUUCAAAAUUACGCUGAGGAGAGAGAAAUGUCUGUGGUUUGGUGCAUUUUUGAGCUGUUUUGCUCUAAUCCUGUCACCUAAGGUGAAGCUAACUAUGUGCCAUGCAGUAGACUUUAAUUGUGAGCAGCAGCUUCAACCAAAUUAAAUAUGUAGCCAUUAUUUGUAGUAAGAGGUGGUCUGUUGACUGAUCUCAUUGCCAUUUGCUUUGUUGUCUGAUCAUGCCUCUGUCAUUCUCAAAUGGCAAAUUGUGGUGCUGUUUACUUCUGAUAGGAAAUUUUAAAUUAGAUUGAGUAUGUUAUUGACUGUUGGUCAUUAAAUUUUAAAAAAUAAAUGAUUUAUUAAUUGUUGACUAUAGUCUAUGUGUGAAAGAAACACAAAUGAAAUGCAUAAUUAUUGAAUUGUAUAUAUACAAAGGCAUUCUGACCUAGCAGUUAUGCUCUUUUUGUUUAUAUUACGUCGCAUGUGGUGAUGUCUGUGAUUUAUGAUAUUGGUAAUCUUUUUGUUGCAACUUGAGUUAAAUUUCAUGUUAAUGUUAAUUCUUGGACUGAUGGGCAGGAAAUUCUGAAUGAACAAGAAUUGUUCAUUGUGGAUUUGUAUCCGACCAUGGUAGUUGUGUAUUUAAUGAUGGAACUGAUUGUACAUAUUGUUUUUGAAUUAUGUAAAGUGUUACCCACUAUUAAAGCUUUGUUAAAUUAAAAAGUAAAAUAGAAAUUUA